GUGCAGAGCUCCACCAUGGCAGAGCGCAGGGGAAACUGGGACAUGGCAGAGGACGACCUGCCGGUUUAUCUCGCCCGACCCGGCACGGCCGACCAGGUGCCCCGGCAGAAAUACGGCGGAUUGUUUUGCAACGUCGAAGGCGCGUUUGAGAGUAAAACCAUAGACUUUGAUGCCCUGAGCGUCGGCCAGAGGGGCUCCCGCACCCCGAGGACCGCCAAACGAGAGACCGGUCAGGAGGCGAGGAGCUCGGCGAGUGACAGCAAGAAUUCCCCGUGUGUGGAAAGUCCCGCAGCGAACAGGCGAGAAGGGAAAGACUCUCCUCAGGUUGAGAUCCGAACCGGCGGCGGUAAGGAAGUGUUGCAGAACCUGGGAGAUGAAAAGAGCGACAGGCUUCUGAUCAAAGGAGGGAGGAUUGUGAACGAUGACCAGUCCUUCCAUGCCGAUAUCUACUUGGAGGAUGGCGUCAUUAAGCAGAUCGGCGACAACCUGAUCGUGCCCGGUGGGGUGAAGACCAUCGAGGCAAACGGGAAGAUGGUGAUCCCUGGUGGCAUCGACAUCCACACCCACUUCCAGAUGCCGUACCGUGGAACCACAACCGUUGAUGACUUUGCUCAGGGAUCAAAGGCUGCUCUUGCUGGGGGCACGACCAUGAUCGUGGACCAUGUGAUCCCAGAGCCCGGGAGCAGUCUGAUGGAGGCCUAUGACCAGUGGAGGCAGUGGGCCGAUGAGAAAGCCUGCUGCGACUACUCCCUCCAUGUGGAUAUCACCCACUGGAACGACAGCAUAAAACAGGAGGUGGAUAACCUAAUCAAGGAGAAAGGUGUGAACUCUUUCCAGGUCUACAUGGCUUACAAGGACUACUACCAGAUGAGCAACAGUGAGCUCUAUGAGAUCUUCACCUUCUUGGCAGAGAGAGGAGGCAUCGUUCAGGUCCAUGCUGAAAACGGCGAGAUCAUCGCUGAGGAGCAGGCCCGCAUGCUGCAGAUGGGUAUUACCGGACCAGAGGGACACGUGCUGAGCAGGCCAGAAGAGCUGGAGGCGGAGGCGGUGUUUCGUGCCAUCACCAUCGCGAGCCAAACCAACUGUCCUCUCUAUGUGACCCGGGUCAUGAGCAAGAGUGCUGCUGACAUCAUCUCACAGGCCCGGAAAAGAGGAAAUGUUGUGUUUGGAGAGCCUAUCACGGCCAGCCUGGGGACUGAUGGGACACAUUACUGGAGCAAGAAUUGGGCCAAAGCGGCUUCUUUUGUAACAUCACCUCCUCUCAGCCCUGAUCCCACUACUCCAGACUAUCUGAACACACUGCUGUCCAGUGGAGACCUGAGUGUGACUGGCAGUGCCCACUGUACCUUCAGUGUGUCCCAGAAGGCCAUUGGCAAGGAUGAUUUCACUCAGAUCCCAGAAGGUGUCAAUGGAGUGGAGGAGAGGAUGACCCUCAUCUGGGAUAAAGCUGUGACUACGGGUAAGAUGGAUGAAAACAUGUUUGUGGCAGUCACCAGCACCAAUGCAGCUAAGAUCCUGAACCUGUACCCUCGUAAGGGUCGGAUUGCUGUGGGCUCUGAUGCCGACCUGGUCAUCUGGGACACAGACUCCCUCCGCACCAUCACUGCCAAGACACACAACUCGGUGGCUGAGUACAAUGUCUUUGAGGGCAUGGAGCUGCGUGGAGCCCCACUCGUGGUGAUUUGCCAGGGGAAGAUUGUUCUGGAAGAUGGGAACAUGCAUGUCACCUCCGGUGUGGGUCGCUUCAUUCCCUGCGCUCCCUACCCUGACUAUGCCUACAAGCGUGUUAAAGCCAGGAAGCAGCUGGCGGUCCUGAGGGCAGUACCCAGGGGAAUGUACGACGGUCCAGUGUCUGAAUUCUCUAUGUCCCGUGGUGGUACCCCUUCUGCCUCUGCGAGAACCUCUCCCACCAAGCAGCCCGUCAGAAACCUGCACCAGUCUGGAUUUAGUCUAGCAGGUAACCCUGCACUAUGCGGUCCCCCGACCCCAGAUGACAUCCCCAUCAGGCCUGCUGGUCGCCGUAUUGUAGUGCCCCCUGGUGGUCGUUCCAACAUCACAUCCCUGAGUUAAACGGCGGGAGGACGAGGGGGCGCAUCCAGAAAUGGACAGCAGCCAGAGUGCAGGAUUGAGGGUGGGAGGGAGGGUAAAAGGCAAGGGAGGGAGGGAGGGAGGGAGGAAGAGAUGCAUAGGACCAUGAUUAGUUAAAAGUUAAAAGAGCAAAACACUGAAUCCUCAUGCCUUACCUGUCACAAUGCUACCUUGCUCAGAUGAGAACAGUAUCCCUUUUCCUGGGGAAUUGAAGUGGUUUGGAGUUGUUACUAAAUAUUAAAAUCACCACCAAAGCACAAUACACAUGAGCAGUCUUAGCCUCACUUCUUCUCAGUAUAGAAUACACUAUAAAUACAGUAAAAACAUGUUCACUUGGUGCUUUGGUAAUGAGAAAAUACAAAGGUAAAAUGGCACAUCCCCACAUUCAACCAAGUAAGAAAACAAGCUAUGCUUUUAAAGGAAAAUGGAUACUGCCUUUCUCAGAAUGAUGCUAUGGUUCUUACAUCCUGUUUGGCUUUCAAUGUCACCCCCUUUUCAGUAGCCUGCUUUCUCCAUAGUCAGCAAAACAUAACACUAGAUCCCACUUUAGCCAUGUAUUAUCAUGCAGUUCCAUUGAUUAGCUCUAGGUGGCAUUGUAUGUACGGUAAAUGUAAUGUAGCUUUGUGAAUGAUGUUGUUGCAGCCUGUUUUGGGUUUACUGGACCAAGUAAAAGGUAUUUAUCAAAUCUUAGAGCGGGAGUGCUUUUGGACAUGGAGCUGCAUGGGCCACAUUAACACAGGUGACGUGAUCCAUGAUCCUUUUUUGCCCCCCUCCUCUGAUGUGCUUGAUAAAUUCCAUCCCCAUGAUGUAUUGAUUGCAUAAUUAUUGGUGUUAAAAAAGGAACAUAGACACACCUGCUCAAGAAAAAGAUUUUGGGAAGACAAAAGAAUAGAAAAAAAAGAAAUAUUUGAAGUGGUUUUAGUAUUCUUUAUCCCCAAAAGCUUUAUGUCAGUUUUUAUUUCCUGCACUCCAUCAUGGCCCUAUAAAGAUGAACAUGGCAAGAAACCGUCCUUUGCAUUUGCUUCUAGCUAAUUGCCUGCUCCUGUCAUCCUGAAAUCAUGUUAUGAAGGAGAAUGGAGGAAAAAAAGUUGUAAAAACCUGUUCACAAGAAGCACGAAUAAACUCAACUUGUCCCUUGUAGCUAAACCGUAACUAGCAUUGCAAUUGAGGGCAAAGAAAAAACAAAAAAACAGAUGCAAUGAAAUGAAUAAAUAACAAAAACCUGCUUUCAGAUAACAGCACUUCACCUCUGGCUUUACUUUUUCAUUGCUGACAAACUGGGCUCUCAUUUUAGGACAAGAGAAAGACCAUCAUUACCUUGUCAUCCCAACAUAGGCCUCUAACGCAAUCCUGACCAAUACUAAUUCAACAUCAGCCUAAAUAUACAUGUGGGUCCAAUUCAGUUUACCUUAAACACUCUGGAUCUGAUUGUGUUGGGGGGGUUUAGAGCUCUUUUUUAUGUCUCUGCUGUUUUCUGAUAAGGCAGGGGGUUGCGGUGCAGCAAGGGAAGCUUUUAUUUUGUCGCUGUCCCACCGUGGGGGAGGGAGGGAGAGAGGGAGGGAAGGAAAUGGCGUUUUUAUUUGGCAGUGGUGUGGCAGACUGAGGCAGGCACAAGUGGUGGUUUGUUGUAUUUAUGUUGGUUUGACAACCUUUGUUAUUGUUUUUAUGUUGUUUCUUUUUUACUGUUGUAUCAAAACCCAGAGAUGGCAGGUCAAAAAUAAGGUGUGUUGUGGAGGUAUGAUUUGUUUCCUGAAUAAACAUGAGUUGCAACUGA